CGUAGCUAGAGAGAGAGAACAUCAGGUGGAGGCAGUGCGAGUUGCAGAAUCAGGCAGUGAGUCAGUUUGCUCUGAGCACCGCUGUGAGACAACAGCACGAGAGGACUUAUAACUAACCUAUGCACCAUUAUCUGAUCUCAUUCAUUCACAUUUACUUCAUACAUUAUAUUCUUUUUUUAUUCUUAUUAUUCUAUUCUGUCAUCUGAGUUCAACCUAUAGCUUUUUGUCUCCACCAGCUCAUCUUCUCUGCUUUACUCCACAUCUCUUUGUAAUCAUUUUACCCUCUCUUUCACUACCCCAGUCUUUUUCAUUUUCUACAUUGUCCUGUGGAGACUUAUGAACGGAUCUUACCAUCACAUGCUUCUGCAGGACAGCUCAAUGAUCAACCUCACAGAAGAAGCAGAGCACGAGAAUGGGAGCACGUUGCUGUGGCUCUCAAACGGCAGUGUCUCUCCUCCUCCGUCAGGUCCAUCAGGGGCGCUGUGCCAGCAGGUUCAGAUCCAGGCUGAAGUUUUCCUUGCACUUGGGAUCAUCAGCCUUCUGGAGAACAUCUUGGUUAUUUCUGCAGUGGUGAAAAACAAGAAUCUCCAUUCGCCCAUGUACUUCUUCCUCUGCAGCCUGGCAGCGGCGGACAUGCUCGUGAGCGUCUCCAAUUCAUUGGAGACGAUUGUGAUCGCCGUUCUCAGAAGCAAUCUGCUCAAGCUCAGUGACUAUUUUGUGCGUUUGAUGGAUAAUAUUUUCGAUUCCAUGAUUUGUAUCUCUCUAGUUGCAUCCAUAUGUAACCUCCUGGCCAUUGCUGUUGACCGUUAUGUCACCAUAUUCUACGCGUUACGGUAUCACAGCAUUGUAACUGCACGCCGUGCAUUAAGUGCCAUCGGUACCAUAUGGCUCACCUGCAUCAUCUGCGGCAUUGUCUUCAUCGUAUACUCCGAAAGCAAGAUGGUCAUUAUUUGUCUAAUUACAAUGUUCUUUACAAUGCUGGCACUGAUGGCAACACUCUACGUCCACAUGUUUUUGCUUGCCCGACUCCAUGUCCAGCGCAUCGCCGCAUUACCAGCUGCGGUGGUUGCUGCUGGUGACCCGGCGCCACGGCAAUGCAGCUGCUUGAAGGGAGCAGUGACUAUCACCAUCCUCUUGGGGGUGUUUGUGUGCUGUUGGGCUCCUUUCUUCCUCCACCUCAUUCUCCUAGUGGCAUGCCCACGCCACCCACUCUGCCUGUGUUACAUGUCACACUUCACCACCUACCUGGUGCUCAUCAUGUGUAACUCAGUCAUCGACCCCAUCAUCUACGCUUUCCGUAGCCUGGAGAUGAGAAAGACCUUUAGAGAAAUCCUCUGCUGCUUUGGUGCAGGGUGCCCAGCUCCAGCCUGCGAACGAGAACGAGAGAUGAACACAGGGAGACCGAGGGAGAGAGCACAGGAACGGGAGAAGGAGAGUGAGACAGAGUGAGAGGGAAAGGAAAGACAGAAAGGAGAGAGGGAGUGGUGGUGGGUGAUGCUGAAAAGAUGAAGAAAAGAGAGGGGAAUAAGCACUUGAAGUAUCAAGGAUGAAACUAAUUAUACUAAUUAUGGUGUGCGUGUGUGUGUGUGUGUGUGCGUGUGUGUGUGUGUGUGUGUGUGUGUGUAAAAUUUAGGUCCUGAGUUGGCUUUUGUAGAAAACAUUAGCAUGGUUAUAUGUUGGAAUUGGAUUUGAUAAAAGUGGAUGCAAUGAACAGAUUUGUAGCUUUGUAGUUAUGUAUAUUUGGGUGUUUGGGGAAUUCAGGAUGAUUUCAAAUAAUUAUAUGACAUGGAAUUAUAUGAUAUGAAAGCUAUGAUUUUUUUUUUUUUUCAACAUUGUGAUUUACAAAAUAUGUUAACUUUAACUUACUAAUAUUAACUUUAAAAUAAUAAUAAUAAUAAUCACAAUCUGGGAGUGUGUUUAACCUGAGCUGUUAUUUCCCAGUUCAGAAAUCACUGUGAGUGUCAGUAGUAAUAUUCUAUUUCUACUGAAUACUAAUGCAAAAUAUAUUUUUCUGAACGUCCUUGAUAUUUAAUACAAUGAAUUAUAUCAAAAUGUUUCUGUAACAUAGCUGUAUUUUUAAAGGCAUUGUUAUUCCUGAGUGAAUAGCUGCUUUACUCUGUAUAUGUGUGUGUGUGUGUGUGUGUGUGUGUGUGUGUGUGGAGGGGGGGGGGUGGUGGUGGUUAAAAGACACGUGUGCCUUUUACCUCCAACUAAUCCAUUUUGAUCACCUGUUUUUCUGUUGAACUGUGUUUGGUCUUUCAGCUGUACAGACUGUACUUCCAGUUAAUUCAUUCACAGGUUCACGCGCAUCAUUAUUGUCAAUUCACAAUGACACAGACCUUGUAAAUACCUUUUAGUGUUAUUACAGGGCAAUUCCAGUAUCAUGGAUGUGACAUUUGCACUCACAUUGAUUAACAAAAUGUCGCACAGCAGAGAAAAGCUUAAUGAGUCAAUUUGCAUAUGCUGUUAACCUCUUGAAGACAAAAGACAAGUAAAAAAAAAAAAGCCUCAUGUAUUAAUUUACAUGUUACAAAACCAUAACAGCUUAUCAGUGAUAUAAAUGUGACAUCAUAAGGGCAAAAUUUCAGCAAGAUGUAUAUGUUUCAUUUUUAUUUAUUUGAUUUUGAAUUAAUUCCUUGUUGAUGUGGUGUAUUUAUCUGUGCUGUAGUGUUUAUAAUGUGGAAUAUGGAAAUAAAGCUUGUGCAUUUGAUUGAUAGGUCCUCCGUUUCCAGAUGUUUCAGUGUUCAGCAUAUGCGUUUUCUGCAUUAACAUUCACAGUACCCCACAGUAUGUCUCCCUGAAAGCCAAAGAACAGUUUGUUCUCUAUAAGCACAAAAAUAGAAUCUAUCUGUUAAUAUGAGCAUGGCGCUGACGCUGUUUAGUCCAUUUCAUCCCAAAUGACCUGAACCCUACACGUAAGUUCCAAAUUGCCCUUAAGCACCUUUCAUUAAAAAUAAUUUUAACUCAGCACUGACUUAGCGGAUGUUGUUUUGAAGUUCAAUUCUGCGGGUGACUUAUGUCACUGAAAUAGAUUUUUCAAUUUUAGUAAGGCCAGCUCUUUGUGGUCUGUUCGUGACUUUUUCUAGGUGCUCAAAGUGUCCCCAGGUCUAUUUUGGUGUGUUUAAGGUGUCCCCAUGUCUGUUUCUGCAUACUCAAGGUGUCCCCAGGUCUAUUUUGGUGUGUUUAAGGUG